UUGUGUUAAAGACCGGCAUUUGUGUCGAGAAUUGAAACAAAAAGAGAUCACGUUUUGAGACAAAACACAAUCACAUCUGCAAUGGUGUCCGACAUUAAGGAGGAUCUGAAGAUGACUUCAAUGAACAACUCUAUCAAUGGAAGUAAUGGCGACACUGGGAUUGUCGUCCGCCGCGGACUCAUCGACGGCAAAGCGGAUCUUCUCAAACAGAUCGGAUCCCUGUAUCUGAAUGAGAGCGCCAGCGAUAUCGGCCUCAAAGUGGAGGGACAGGUCCUUCCGGCCCACAAGUGUAUUGUCGCCACUCGUUCCCAAUACUUCUUCAAACAGAUCUACGGCUACUCUCCCGACGACAUGUCGGCCGGCGAUCAGCGCACCAGCGGUAAGCUCUCGAAGGCGGGAUCCACUCUCGAGAUGUUUGGCACCACCGCUAACGCCUUGAAACUGGUGCUGAAGUACUUGUAUUUCGGCGAACUCGUGGUGGAAGAGCUGUCGCUGGAUCUGGUGAUCGAUGUGCUCACACUAUCGCAUCGCUGCAAACUCUUUGAGAUCGUGACCGGCAUUUCUGAUUACCUCAAAGACAUUGUGGCCAUUGAUAACGUUUGGACCAUUUAUAGCGCGUCCAACCUCUUCGACGAGACGAACCCUUUGGCCGACUUCUGUCUCCGCUUUAUGGACCGCUCGGCUGUGAAGCUCUUGAAUCACGACUCGACGUACAACCAAACCAUCUCUAACUUCAAACUCCUGAUCACCAGAAGUCGCUUCGAGGCGCCAGAAGUGGAGAAAUUCAAAGCCGUCUAUCGAUGGAUAAACACGAAUCCGGAGAUCGACUCCAAAGAUCUGGUCUCGUGUGUGAAUCUGACGCGUUUGGGUCAGGAAGAGCUCUUACAAGUGGUCCGACCCACGCAUUUGGUGACCGACACCGAGAUUCUGGACGCUAUUCAGCCGAAGCGCAAACGCGUUUCGAUGGAGAUGUCGACCAAUACAGAGGCCGUCAAACUGGAGGCCAUUGAGUUUACGCCUAAGUUCACGAUUAAGACAAUGAAACACGAGUCGGACGGAAACGGCUAUUAUUAUAGCAUAGAGUUGACGGAAGCGUAUGAACUGAAUCACAUUAAACUCCGUUUGUCUGAACUGAUCACAGGAAAGGGCGAGUAUUCCUAUUAUAUCGAGGGCUCCGUCGACAACGAGAAGUGGACACGAAUUGUGGACUAUUCGAAGUACGUGUGCCGGUCGUGGCAGUCGGUCUACUUCGAGACCACGUCUCUCAAGUAUAUCAAAGUGAUCGGCACCCGAAUCGACGGCAAGACAAUCUCCGACAUCAUUAUCGACUCGUUUGACUGCAGUUUCGCACACAAUCCACCCAAGAGUGAGAAUGGAUUCCUUGUGGCCGCCGAAGACAUCGCUAAUCUUGAGUGCGGCACUAGAAUCAGAUAUCCAAUUAAUAGACACGACUUAUAUCUACUGCAUUCAACUCAACGCUACGCGUAUUUCAUUCCUGUCCGCAAUUUUGGUGACGAUCUCAAGAAGAAUGCGUUUAACAUACAGUUGGCUCAGCCCUAUCUCUUGGACUCAAUGGAGUUCAAUAUCUACCACAAAGAUAAGAACGAUUCGUACCGUUUCUAUGUGGAGGUGUCCGCCGAUGAGAAGAGUUGGGAACGAAUUGUCGAUAAGACCGAUACUCCCGGUAAAGGCCUUCAGGUUCUCAAGUUUGACAGAACUCCUGUCUCUUUCAUCCGAAUUGUGGGAACCGCUGGUGUGGGCAUUGGUUGCAGUAAGUUCUUGGGCUGCAGUGCUUUCAGAUGUCCCGCCAUUAGCGCUGCCGAAGACAAGUAGUCAUUGUUUGCAUUUUACAUUACUUUCGAUAAUAUUUUUAGUUUACUUUUUUAAUUCUCUUUUUUUGAUUGCCAAUCAAAAUGUCACUAUUUGUCUGUAUUUCUCAAUUACUUUUUGGCACAAUUAUAACCAAUCAAUGCAUGAAAGGUCUCUAAUAAGGGCCAAACUUAUCAUUUAAUCGACAUAAUGUCAGUCCAUUUAUUAUCUAAUCAUUUAAUAUUUUUAUUUUUGAUCACAAUUUGCUUUAUUUUAAUAAUGAUUGCA